ACUUAGAUUCGGCGUCCAUGGACUCGGAUAUGUAUGAUCUGCCCAAGAAAGAGGACGCCUUACUUUACCAGAGCAAGGGCUAUAAUGAUGACUACUAUGAGGAGAGUUACUUGACCACCGGGACUUAUGGGGAACCUGAGUCUAUGGGCACAUCCAAGGGCUUCCGCCAGCCCUCAGCUUCACUCUCAGAUGCUGACCCUUUUCACCGCCAGGUCCGUGAUGACAAUCUUUUCUCUUUGGAAGAGGAAGGCAAGGAUCGGGAACACCUCCUGUAUGGCCAGAACAGUGCCCACCAGAACAUCGCACACUACCGCCCUAUUUCCAACAUCUCCAGAAGCUCCCUGGGCCUGUCCUAUUAUCCCACAUCCUCCUCCACCUCGAGUGUGUCCUCGUCUUCAUCUUCGGCCCCUUCAUGGCUCACCUGCCGAGCCAUCCGGCCUGAAAAGCAGGCCCCUGGGGCUGCCGGCCUGGGCCAGGAUCGCCAGGUCCCGCUCUGGGGCCAGGUGCUGCUGUUCCUGGUCUUUGCUGCCUUCCUGCUCUUUGUUUACUACUCCAUGCAGGCCGAGGAUGGCAACCCCUUCUGGGCAGAGCCCUAA